UUUCCACCAAAUUUCGCCUAAAGCUUCACCAUGGCGUAUAACGAGGAUGCUGUGCUCUCUAAGCUCUCUGCACUCACUGAGACUCACGAGAGCAUUGCAACCACCGCUCAGUGGAUCAUGUUCCAUCGGCGACAUGCUGCCCAGACUGUCCAUCUUUGGUUGACCAAGCUGAAGGACCUCCCCAGCCCCAAGAGGCUCAACAUGAUUUAUCUUGCAAACGAGGUGACGCAGCAAUCCAAAGCUCGCAACAAGGAUGACUUCCUUCAGGCUUUCUCUCCAUUCAUCGCAGAUGCAACCGCGUUGUCUUAUAAGGGCGCCUCGUCAGACAUUCAGAACAAGCUCCGAAGGGUUGUUGACGUUUGGAGAGAACGCAAGAUAUUCCCCAUGGAAGUCCAGGAUGCUAUUGACUCUCGACUAAGAGAGCUUGACUCAGCCCGCUCCGGUGGAACAAUGUUCGGUUCCACAUCGUUAUCGUCGCCAGCUGCAGCGGUGCCUCCAGAGUUGGCACCCUUGGUUACCUCACAGCAGGCAGUUAUCAAGAGUGCCCAGGCGUUGAAGACAAGCCUUACUACCGCCAAUUCGGACUACAGCAAGCUGAUGGAUCCGGCCCACGCUCCUCCUCAGGCGCCAGUGUAUGCCGCGCGACUCAACGGGCUGCUUAAGAACCUUGCCAAUGCUGAGGGAGCCGUGACGGAAUGCAUCAAGACCCGCGAGGAGCUUAUCAGCGCCUUGGAGAAGAUGUUGAGCUCCAACCGGCAGGCCUUGGAGGCCGAGCAAUCACAGCUCAGGGAUCUAGGCACCCGCAAGACGGCAGUUGAGGAGAAGAAGCAAGCAAUUGAGCUCAGCAUCAUUGGCGGUUUGCCUCACAAUGCGCAAGAGCCGGCUACCGGUGAGGAGCGCGCCCCAUCUAGCUCGGACGGCCACGACAUCGCCCGUCCUCAGGUCGAAGCACUCACGCCGCCCCACGUCCAAGAUCACGAUGAUUUGUACGAUCAUCGCCCGUCUGAGCAACAACAGCCGCAGAACGGUCAUAGUCACCCAACUGGAUCCGCUCCUGGCAUUGAGAUGUUGUCCGCCCUCGCUUCUCAAUAUGAGUCUGUUCCGACUCGACAGGCCAAAAAGCGCAAGAUCGACGAGACUGCCGACAUUCCUGACGUAGGCAUAGAUGCCGAUGUCGCCGAGAUGAUCCAGAAGGAAAGCACGAUUUAGAACAAGGACGGGAAGAAGAUUUUGGGAAGCCAAAACUUGACCGAAUUCUUUCUACCUUUGUAUCAGUUUUAGUGCAUAUGGCCCAACACUCUGGAGUUGUUGCCGUUAUUGCUGGUCUAGGGGAACGAUAAUGGCUGUAUGGCGAGAAUCAUCAUUUAUGUGGCAUUUUGGCGCGGGCCUG